AUGGCGUCACCUUUGAGAGACCCGGACCUCAGUCAAUUCAAAUAUGACGCAGAGUUUCACAAAGGCGUUGUUAUAAACACCGACUGCCGCAACGAGAAAGAGGCUUGGAAGACCGGCUCCACUCUUGGGCGCGAAUACGACACAUACUUUCUCCAUAGUAGCAAGGGCCCUGGGAAAAAAUCGUAUCGUAUGGUCAAACGUACUUAUGAAAACUCACUCAAGAGGGAGUUGGCUCCGUUGAUAGCACUGCGAGAGCAUCCCGAUUUUUUCGCCAAAUUCCUUGGAUGGUACAGUAACCAGAGGGAAGGGACCAUCUGGAUCGCCAUGGAAUACCUUAGUGGGGGUGACCUCCAGUCGUACGUUGAGAAGGACGAAGUCAGGGCCAAGGAACACUGCCGGGAAGUAGUUACCCAGAUACUAAAAGCGCUUGAAGCGAUGCAUGCCAUGGACCUGUGCCAUCGUGACCUAAAGUCGUCGAACAUACAUAUCUCAUCCAUCUCUCCACUGAGUGUCAAGCUUUCUGGCUUCGAUAUAACAGUUGCACGAGCACAGCGGAUGUUACCAAGGCCUGAUAUGUUGGCUUCAACGGAGUUAGAAAAAUUUGGUUCCCCAAUUUUCCCGGACUUCCCCUACCAUUGA